AUUGCCAAAGUCCCCCAGGUUCUCCCAUCUCACUCUGUGUAUUAGUAGCAUCAGCAGCGCCGGGAAAGUUUAGAAGCUUCUCACGUCAGGGGAAAACGCCAUCGCUGACACAGGCUCUGAUCCUAGCCAUAUAGGCUCCUCUGCAGGAGGACGGGGGCUCCAAACCUUCCUCCUGCUGGAUUAGUGAGAGCGAGAGAGAGAGAGAAACAUAGAGGAAUCAGCAUGGGGUCCAGCUCCUCUUCCUAUGCCCCAAAAACCAUCUAUCUGGACGUGGAUGGCAAGGUUCAGAAGGUGGUUUUCAGUCGGCACUGCAGCCCAUGUGACAUCAAGGAGCUUCUUUGUUCCUCGUCCAACAUCCCCAGGAAUACUGCCAUCAUGAUGGUGGAUCCUGAAGGGGCCAUGGUGUCCAUAGACCCAACUAUGCCUACCAACUCUCCCAACUCCUUGUACAAAGUCAUUUCUUUGUCCACCGGUCAGCUAGGAGAUAGAGAAGACAUGUUUCAAAACGUGUUAUCUCAGGUGGCAGAGCAGUUCAGCAGGGCUUUCCGAAUCAACGAGCUGAAAACUGAGGUGACCAACAGACUUGCCAUGUUGGAGAAAAGAGUAGAGUUGGAGGGACUGAAGGUUGUGGAGAUUGAGAAGUGCAAAAAUGACCUAAAGAAACUACGAGAUGAGAUGACAUCCAGAGGAGGAGGGAGAGUUGGGAACUGUCCCUGCAAAUACAACUUCUCAGAUGACGGGAAGAAGCUUAAUCCCAGACGCGACGUCCCAAGUUAUCCAAAGUACACCUUAUCCCAGGAGACUAUUGAAGCACUGAAGAAGCCAACAUUCGAUGUCUGGCAUUGGGAACACAAUGAGAUGCUCAGCUGCUUGGAGUACAUGUACCACGACCUGGGACUGGUGAAGGAAUUCAACAUGAACCCCAUCACUCUCAAACGCUGGCUGCUGGGCAUUCAGGAGAACUAUCGCAGCAACCCGUUCCACAACUUCCGCCACUGCUUCUGUGUCAGUCAGAUGAUGUAUGGCAUGAUUAACCUGUGUAACCUGCCGGAGAAGAUGACUCUGACGGACAUGGGCAUUCUCAUGACAGCUGCAGUGUGCCACGACCUGGACCACCCCGGCUACAACAACACGUACCAGAUCAACGCUCGCACAGAGAUGGCCGUGCGUUACAACGAUAUAUCUCCCCUGGAGAACCAUCACUGCGCUGUGGCCUUCCAGAUCCUCUCACUGCCCGAGUGCAACAUAUUCGCCAACGUCGAAUUGGAGGCCUACAAGCAGAUCAGACAGGCCAUCAUUACCCUGAUCUUGGCCACAGACAUGGCCCGGCACGGAGAAAUAUUAGACUCCUUCAAGCAUAAAGUGGACAGCUUUGACUUCACCAAUGAGGAGCACGUCACAUGCCUGAAGAUGGUUUUGAUCAAAUGCUGUGACAUCUCCAACGAGGUCCGGCCUACAGAGGUGGCCGAACCCUGGGUGGACUGUCUGCUGGAGGAGUAUUUCAUGCAGAGUGACAGGGAGAAGACUGAAGGGCUGCCGGUGGCUCCGUUCAUGGACAGAGACAAAGUGACCAAGCCCACUGCCCAGAUCGGAUUCAUCAAGUUUGUCCUCAUCCCAAUGUUUGAGACAGUCAUGAAGCUCUUCCCCCAGAUUGAGGAGAUCAUGGUGCAGCCUCUGAGAGACUCUAGAGACCACUAUGAGGAGCUGAAGCAGAUCGAUGACGCCAUGACAGAGGGCUCUGGCUCUCGUUUUAUGAUCCAAAAAUUCAAAAAGGUCGUGGGUCGUCCUGAUCUGCGUCUUUGAAGACAAGAUGGAGGGUGAAAAGAGUUGUCUUCUACACACUGAACCAACCUCAGACUACAUGAAACCUCCUGGUUGAUCUCCACUGUUUUGUUAUGGACAUUACAGAAGGACAAUGGCUCUGUUUCAAUGUCCACACUAGCAUACCAUUUAGGAUGAAUUAAUGUAUCAGGGACAUUGGAAUUAUAGCCCAUGUGUGUUCUUGGUGUAGUUUGUAUUUUUAUUCAUUUUUACUGUAAUUUCUGAAAGCUAAUUGGUUAUUGUAGGUAUCAACGGCUGUGUUCAAACAGGCAGCCUAUUUCUGAUAUUUUUGCCCAAUUUUUUGCAAAAGAUAUGAUCUGAUUGGUCUAAAGACCAGAAAUUGGGCAAAAUAUCAGAAUUGGUCUGUCUUUGUAUGUGCAGCCUAUCAUAAUUUCUGAGUGACAGUUGGUCAUUGUAGGUAUCAACAUGCCAUAUUUUCUGCUUUCUGUUUUUAGUCACACUUGUUGAUGUUGCCUUUUACGGUAUAAUGAAUAACUAAGUUGUCUACUAGAACAUUCUCUUUUCCCUUUUCAGUUCUCCUAUUCAAAUGCAAAACUGUUUCUGAAACAGUUUGAAUAAAUUCACUCUUGAUUUAACCAUGUCAAGUCCACAGCAUAUUUUAACAUAAUUCUUAUUAUGAGGGUUAAGCAUUAUUCCAACAAAUUCAACAAAUUAUCCCCCAGUGUGUGCACUGAAUGAAUUUACAUAAAUUCAUAUUUUGAGGUUUGUGUAAUAGCACAUCCAUUGUUGUGCAAUAUAUUCAGUCAUAGAUACAUGUUGUAAGUUAUUACAAAAGUAUUUAAUUACAAUCUAAAAUGUUAUUACUGUAUUCUAUGUAUUUUUGCAUAGUACAUCCUACAUAAACUGUGCAAAAUACAGUACAGUUGUAAAAUAUAUAACAUCCUUUUAUACUAAAUUUGUCACCUAGUAAUAAACUCCCCCAGUAUUUUGAAAAGUCACAGGUUAUUAAAAAGAGACCAACAUGUA